AUGAUCCCUCCUAGUGAUGAUCCUGAUGAGUUCUCACUCUCUAUUUUCGUAUGCGACUUCUCUUCGCCAGACAGGCUUUUUGAGGAAAUUAUAGUCGAUAUUGGAGACCAGCCGGUUGACAACCUGAUGCACUUAUACACUGUCGACAUAGACUUAUCGGCUGAGGGCAGUGGUGGCGGUAUUAUCUACCACCAACGCUCCCAUCGCGUCGCGAUCUUCAUGCAUCUUGAUGCCUAUUAUUAA